AUGGACAACUUCAACAUUUAUCUCAUUCUGGUUGACAAACCAGUCUCCAAUUGGCAACUCGGAGCAUCCCUUGUCGCUGCUGGACUCUCUGUGUGGCAGAGCGUGAUUGCCAUCGUCAUUGGCAAAGUUAUCAUUGCCCUCGUUGCCAUCUUCAACGGACAUCCUCUGCGUGACCUGGUGCUUAUGAACUAUAGUCUUUCGGCAAUCUUCCCAUCGUUCGAAUCACUAGGCAACGUGUUCCCCGAGUCCUCGCACCUCACCACCAAAGACUUCAUUGGUUGGAUCAUCUUCAACAUCCUCCUUAUCCCCAUUCUCUACAUCCGGCCGGAGAGGAUUCAGAAACUUCUUCUGGCUUUCAACAUCAUCUCCUCGAUCACGCUCAUAUCCAUCAUGAUAUGGGCUCUGGCAACAGCCGGCGAAGCAGGGUCCCUAGUUCGCCAAGGGUCUAAGCAAAUGUCCUCGAGCGAACUCGGCUGGCAAAUUGUUCAUGGCAUCACUACAGUUAUCGGCAGCAUUGCCGUCGGUUUGACCAACCAGCCGGACUACUGUCGCUUUGCUCGAAAGCCUGGAGACCAAGUCUUCGGACAGUGGUUUAGCAUCAUCUUCUUUGGAGCCAUCUUCCCUACCUUUGGCUGCUUGGCUGCUUCUGCAACUGGCGUUAUCUACGGCGAACCAAUCUGGAACCCGCCCUUGAUCGUACAAGCAUGGCUAGAUUCAGACUACAACGCCAAGAGCCGCGCCGGUGCCUUCUUUGCUGGUCUUGGCCUCCUGUGUAUCCAACUCAGCAUCAACUCUGUUGACAAUGCUUUCUCCGCUGGCAUGGAUCUGUCUGGUCUGUUCUGUCGGUACAUUAAUAUCAGACGCGGCGCUUACAUCGGUCUCGUGCUGAGUAUCGCACUCUGCCCAUGGGAACUCCUGUCAUCGGCAGCGGUCUUCAUCAGCGUCCUCUCAGCUUACAGCGUCUUUCUUGGUCCCAUCAUCGGCAUCCAGAUCUGCGACUACUUCAUCAUCCGCAGACGCAGAAUCAAGCUGUCAGACCUCUACCACCCGCGUCCAGAUGGCUCUUUCUACUACUAUAAGGGGUUCAACCCUAGAACCUUUAUCGCUUGGGUGUGCGGCUUCGCAACACAGCUCCCAGGCUUUGCUGCCAGUGUUACACCUAAUAGCGUCAAAGUUGCCGAGGGUUGGAUCAAUCUUUACUACCUAGCGUUUCCGCUAGGCUUUGCCAUAUCAUUCUUGUUACAUCUAGGCAUCAACACCAUCUGGCCCCCUCCUGAGGCCGGUGUUAUUGAUGAGGUGGACUACUAUGCGACUUUCACUGACGACGAAGCAAGGAAGCUAGGAGUUUUGCCGCUUGAUACCGAAAUCAUCGAGGGCUCGCAUAAGGGUGUUGAGGGGCACGACUCUGAGAAGGGGCCUCGAACAUGGCUGAAGUCUAUGCUGGGAUAG